UCUCUCUCCCUUGGACUGUUCCUGCAGGAUCCCCCCUCCCCCUGGAAAUAGUUUCACAUAUGUGCCAGCAGUGACCCCCGGGCAGUUUUCAUACAGGAGAAGAUUCCAGGAGAAGAGAUCACAUCUGUCCUGAACAGGAACGAGGCCAGAUCCCCCAGUUAUGGAUAUGAGGGGCCCACGUUUAACCCUUUGCCUGCUGCUGAUCUCCAAGAUAGUGGCGGAAGAUGUCUGCGAGAGUGGCCUCUUCAGCAGUGGCAAAUGCUGUUCCGUUUGUCUGCCGGGAUUCGGGGUAGCGGUUCCCUGUGGCGUUUCGGAUACCAAGUGUGCACCCUGCAAAGAGAACUCUACUUUCUCUGACGUUAGAAGCGCCACAGCAAAGUGCCAGCUAUGUUCCCCCUGCCUCCUUCCAUCCGUGAAAGAAUCGAGUUGUACCCGCGAGCAGGAUACCAUAUGUCGGUGUCCAGACGGGCAGUACCUGGACAAUUACGGCAUUUGUCGCCCCUGCCAGCUAUGCCCUAAGGGGCAGGGAGUCGUCUCAUUCUGUAGCCGCGAUAAAAACACGGAGUGCCAGUUGUGCCCAAGUGGCUUCUACUCAGAGGUGAAGAGUAGGGAAUCCCCUUGUUUGCCCUGCCGGACUGAAUGCAAAGAAACCGAGGUGCAGAUAGGAGAUUGCAUGCCGCAACAUGACAUUCUGUGCAUGGAUAAAGACAUUCCCAUCCUCAAACCCAUAGAUGGUGAUGCACGUGGUGAGAACGGCACUACCGCAGGGUCCCCCCACUUCAUCCCACCGGCGGACAACAGCAAGAACAUCAUUCCCGUGUACUGCUCCAUCUUAGCAGCUGUGGUGGUUGGACUUAUUUGUUACGUGGCAUUUAAGUGCUAUACUACCUGCAAACAGAAGAAGCAGUUGGCCAAAGCCAGAGCUGGAGAAUUGGCUACAUCCGCAGAGGGAGAGAAGUUGCACAGUGAUAGUGGCGUCUUCCUUGAUACACACAGUCUCCAGGAACCAAAUCAUCUGAGCAAAGCCAAGAUUGAACCAAAGCUCUACAUUAACUUGCCACCUCACAAGCAGAGUGAAGUGGAGCGCCUGUUGGCAGACACCAGCCUUGGGAAAGAUUGGCAGCGCCUCGCCAGCCUCUUGGGAUACGAGGAGGAAACCAUCGACACAUUGGGCCGAGGAGAGGACCCAGUACACACUCUUCUCACUGACUGGUCUUCCAAAGAGAGCUCCACCCUGGAGGUCCUAUGUGCUGCUUUGGUCAACAUGGAACGGGCAGACGUGGUGGAAAAUCUGAACAGCGCAAAUGAUGCCAGCUCUGUGGUGUAAC